AUGACUCCACACCCAAUUCCCAAUGUUGCCGAGGAGUAUCAGAAAGCCUUGAUCGAGAUCCCCCUGCUAAAUCAGAAUGCCAGUUGCGUUCACAACCAUAAGCGUGUGCUCUCAUUGGUGGAGAGGUACUUAGGCGACGCUAGGCGCUCGGCUACAUAUAGGCUUCUGUUGAAAAAUGUGAACGGGGUAUGGGUUUGGAAGAGAGUAAGAGAGCACGAACCCCUACGUGAGCAGCGAGCGACUAAUGUUCGAACAAAUCAGGAGGCGCCGCCGUGGCGUACUUGGCAUUCCUGGAUGCACACGAUAGAGCACUUGAAGGGAUCUAGUCGCUUGAAGCUAUGUCCACGUUCUGGAGCUCACAACGAACCAACAGUGAAAACCUUAAGAGCGGCAUCCUCAACGGGGCUCAAACGCGCAGAGUUUCUCGAUCGCAUCAUCGGCGUCGAUACCAUUUGCACGCUACAGAGGCUCAACGCCGAGAUGGCAAAAUUGAUAGUGGACACUGCCGAAUCUCGCACUUCUGAUCUAGUCGACAGCACACAACGCACCCCCAUGAAGCAGUCCUAUGCACGCCGCCACAGUCAGAACAGCAAGUUAGGCUCAGGCAAGCUCAGGCUCAGGCGGCAAGCUCAGGCUCAGGCGGCAAGCUCAGGAGGACCGGCACCUUCCUUUGAGCAUCCUGAGAGUAUAAAAACCGCCUGGAUGUGGCGGAGACAUGAGUAUGGGUUUGGGAGAGUGAGAGGACGAACGGAUAUAUGA